AUGGCUCUGGUACUCGCGGGUUGCACCUCCGCGAAACACCAGCAGAUGCAGAACGAACGCGAUACCCGUCGUGAGGCGUACGAAGAUGUCCGACGAAAAGAGACAUUCAAACGCAGUCGAGACUUUUUAUCGGACGACAUGCUUGGUAAGUGGCGAUUUCUUGAACUUGUCGUUGAGGAACGGGGUGGGAGCGAAGACAUUUUGAAAGUGAAGGCCGAGCGCGCCGCACGUAGGCUUAAGGGACUUACACUUCGAUUUUGGAAGAGCGGCAAUACCGCUUACCAGUACCAAAUUGAAAAUAUGAUGCCGAAGACCUACGGAACAUACACGACAAGGACAGUCCAUAGGGGGGAUAAACCGAAGAGUGGUAGGAUCCACUUCUAUCCAGUCUCCGGUACCCAGGUACCGGAUCUCCUUUUCAAUUUCGCGAAGGGCAUUCAUCAGCAGGUACUUUUAAGUGAUGGAGAAGUCCUCUCUACAAUACUAAGGAUAGACAUACCGAGAAUCUCGAUGAAAGACAGAGAGAUGGAUCUUACGCUGGAUCUCGGCAUGAUAUUGGCACCUGACGGAUGGCUUCACCGCGGGAACAUCCGCUGUUCCUUCGAGCGGAUCGAAUAG